GUGAUAAGAAACAGUAUGGUUAAUAGAGGUGCAACGGAGGUUCGUAGAGUUAGCCGUGGUCAACAGAGGGAGAGUAGUUGGAAUGCAUUACAACACGCGUUUGGGUUGCGAAUGCUUUUACAAUGUGUGUUAGCGGUUUUCCGAGAAAAGACAUUUGCGACUGCCAACGCGGCAUCACCCGAUAUUAACUUUUACAUUCAUCCUACGGAUAUCGUUGAAUGCAUGGCAAAAUCACUCCUCGAACGCAAGUUUGUCCUUCUAUUUGGCCACCGGCAAAGUGGCAAGACAACGAUUGCACACUCCACAGUGUCAUAUCUGCAAAAUAUUUCGCAAAAUAUCCAAGUUCCUGGUUACGAACAAACUGGUUUUGAGGUAUAUUACAUAUCUUUCCAAAGCGGUAUUGAAUUCGGGAGCACACCACGAUUCUGGUGGUCGCUAUGUGCAACAUUGAUGGCCAAGGACAACUCACGGUUCAAGUUCGAGGAUGCCAGCCGAAGCGCAUCAUCAGCCACAUUCUUGUCGUUCUUUUCAAAGUGUCCGAAGAGUCGUCAAAAACCUGUGAUACUCAUUAUUGAUGAAGCUUCUAUGCUGUAUGAGAUCAAAGACACCCCCGGUGGAAUUGUCGAUCAGUUCAUUGGCACAUUACGGGCCAUCAAAGAUGACGUUACGGGUUGCUGUCUGCACUCUAUUGCUCUUGUGGGUACUGAGUCAGUAAGAGAUGUUCUGACCAGCCGACAAGUAAAAGGUCGAUCAAUUUAUUCACCAUUUUCUGAGGAAGGAUCUUACCAGUCGUCUCGUUUUUCUCAAAAUGAAGUCCAGGAUCUUCUGAAACAAUUUGUAUCUGUCAAAAAAAUCGAACUCGACGUUAAUGAAAUUGCUAAUGACAUCUACGAACUCACUUCUGGUCACAAAGGACUUGUUGGUAUUUGUGGAAACUUUAUUGAGAACACACUAUUGAAAUGCAGCCGUACAGUGUCAUUUCAGGACUGGAAUAAAAACGCAACUAAAUUGAGAACAUUCAUAUGGGGGAAACCAACUUAUGAUUCAAUCAUGCGAGCUCUCACAGUCCUCACACCAGCCCAGAGAAACACUCUCGGUAAUGUUCUUCGAUACGGUUAUGAUGUUGUUCAGAUGAAUGACGAGAUAAAGUUUCUUCUUGCAGAGGGGAUGUGUGUUCGUGCUGGUGAAAGCUUUGAUGCAAUCAUAAUCCAAUGUGGUGCACCUGUUCUCAGCAGCAUGAUGCUUUCCAGAAUAUGUGGGCCUGCUUUCGCAAUCCCAGAACCACCGCAAGAAACCAACAAGCUCGACAUCGACUGGUUAUUGAGACAUACCAUCGAGAAUCUUUCUAUGCAACAUAUAUCUGCCAAACAAACAAGAAAUGUCACCAGUACACCAUCAGAAUAUUCAUUCCAGGCAGAAUUUGUCACUGUGAUCAAGAAUCUGCUUGGUUCAGCUUACCCAGACCUGCUCUACCGUGUUCUACCAGAAGUGAAAGAACGUCAUGACAAUGGCAACUGGCGACGCCGCCUAGACAUUCUUAUUUGUGAUACCAAUCUGCCUAGAUAUGGGUUUGAACUUGUGGUAGCUGCUGACCAGGCCAACUUCGAUAAGCAUAUGGAUAAUGCCGAUGAGUAUGGUGAACUUCAUAAUUGCAAGAUGUAUUUGAUCAAUUUGUGCACCAGAGAAGAUCUUACCAACUACUUUGGAAAACCAUGGAUUCAGGAACGUGUAAUGCCUGUCCAUGUGUUGUAUGAUGAACUCGAAGGGAAGGCAUCUUUGAUUUACAAACACCAGACGAUUUCCAUAUUAAUCAACAGCGUGACAUGGUCAGUAAUAUUUGAUGACACACCAGUUAAUUCUCUUGAAUGGUAG